AUGAGUAUCUUGGAUGGAGUUCCCCUGUUCUUGGCCAAGGCGGGCGCUGCUACGCCACCGUCACUAAACGCGCCUCUGCUCUGUCUGUUUUUCUCCAGCCAGUGGUGCCCUGACUGUGUGAGGUUCGUGCCGUCGCUAGUGGAAGCGUUCAAGGGGUUCAAGCCAGGUCAGGCCGACAUCGUCUUCAUUAGCUCGGACAGGAGCGAGGAACUCCAGCGCCGUUACAUGGAGGAGGUUCUCCACGCGGAUUGGCCGGCCGUGACCUUCGACGGCGAACACCGGGCUGAUCUCAAAAGGCGUUUCGGGGCGUGUGCUGGAUCAGAGGUGACGGCCUUGGGCAUGUCUCCCUCCGAUCGAAAGGGAGGCAUCCCUACGCUCGCCGUGUUCCGCGCGUCGGACGGGGUUCUCCUGACCAUGAACGGCGUGGACGACGUAAAUCAAGCGGGGGCUGGCGCGGUUGACCGCUGGGAAGCAGCGGCAAACAGAUGAAUUACAUGUUCGCGUGCGGUUUAUCGUUUCCCUUGUGAGCUUGAUCACCGUUAGGGUUUUCAAACGUAGCGACGAGGACUCCGCUUCGAAGUGGCAAAAGUUGCGCUCAAGUGAAAGAUUGGUGCUCCGGCAGCAGCGUCGGUGGUGCUGCUGCUGCUGAAGGUUUCUAUAGUUGGUGCAGAGCAACGUCACAGGCUUGUACAGUAGGAGCUCGUUCGCAAAGGGUGUUUUUCAACGGCCUUCUUGCCAUGGGCUUAAACAUUCUUCGCUCAAGCAAUCACGUGCCACUUCAACAAGGUGAUUGACAACGACAACCUGUUUAUUUGUCGAUGUUGCGCUACACUUUUUCUCCUUGAGGUGUCUAUGGGUUUGACCGGUGCGGAAUCGAUCGGAAAGAACCGUCCGCAUCCACUUUCACGCAAACUUCGGGCCC